UUUGCCGUUGAUGGGGGCAGCCAUAUUUGUUUACAUUGCAAUGCAGUAUGGGUGGAUCAGUAAGUGAAAAUAAAUUACUUGUAAAAAGUUAGUGUGGUCAAAUACAACGUAAUGUCUUUCUUUUCACCAGGUUAUUGCUACGUACGGUGUAUAUACUGUUCCGAUUUUCAAAUAUUCACAUAUAGUGAUUUUAACGUGUUUAUGAUGUGUGCACGUUAGUUAUGUGGACAGAGAUAUGAGCUAAUGUGGCUAAUAGGGAUCAGGUAGGCUGCUUUGUUUUCUCUUGCUUUGGUUAGCUCGUCAUAGCGAGUGACCGGUGGGAGGGGUCAAAUGUACAGUGGCAUAGCAUCUUGCCGCCUAUCCCCCUUGAAAUUUUGGAGGCGUGCCAACUUAUUUACAUAUCUUUACCUUUAUUUGCUGUCAAUAUCUAUCAAUUACUUUAUUACUAUUACAAUGGAUAUCUGGAUCGUUGGAUCAUCAAUCGUCCACUGGCUGGAGCGCCACCUGACCGCCACCCGGUCUGCAAGGUUCACCCGAACCCUGGGGCUGGACUGCCAGGUCCACUGGAUGGGCCGACGCGGGAUGAGGUGGGAGCAGCUGGUGCCACUCCUUCGCCGGACGUCGGGACCAGCACCGGCCGUGAUGGUUAUCCAUCUCGGGGGGAACAAUCUCGGGUCGCAGUCGGGGUGUAGCCUUUUGCGCAGCAUUAGGCGAGACCUCGACUGCAUCCACUGGAUGUUCCCCGACACCAUGGUGCUGUUCUCCGAUAUCAUCCAGCGGAGAGUGUACCGGAGCCAGGCGAGGGGCCGCAGUGCCUAUGGCAUUGAGAGGUCAAGGCGGUUCGUGAAUGCCGGAGUGGCCGGCUUCAUGCGCAGAGUUGGAGUCGCCAACAGCAACAUCCGCCAUGACCAGGACGUUUUUAGGAGGGACGGGGUUCAUCUGAACCGUAGGGGGAACGAGCUGUUCCUCGAGAAUGUCCUGGUCGGCCUGAGAACCGUCCUGUAAGCGUGUGGCUUACGAAACAACACAAAGGCUCUUUUCAGAGCCACCCAAAUACCCAGUAAAUGUGCAAUUUUCAUAAUGUGAUCAAUCACCAAUAGGCUAUAAACCUGCACUGAUGCGCAGCGCGAAACAGUAACGCGCACUCGAUGUAGAAAGUUGUGGGAUGUUGCUGUGGCUGUACCAGCAAUAUUAGUAUUGAUGCCGGUGGGACUUUUGUAGUAAGGGUCAGCCGGAUGGUCCAGCGGAACGGCAGGUUGUGGGCACCACAUGUCAGUGUUUCUGUGUUCACAGUCGCAGGAGUUUGCCUCGACUAGAACCAAUGCCUUGAAUUAAAACGUUGUAAUGCCAAAUUGAUUCGUCUGUUUAUAAUCUGUUUUCAUUUAGGUGUGCCAUAUUAUUUGGGUGUGCCACACGUGUUAUUCGGCAAGAUUACCAUCAGAAUUUAAAAACACUUCAAGUUAAAGUAUUUUAUUGUCAGAUGCACACAACAACACAAGGUCAGACUGGGCACCGAAAUUCUUGGGACAAGACAAAGCUAAGCAACCUGGCAUAACAUAUGUACUCAAUGUGUCAUCAUUGUGGAAAAGUUAUAUUUCUCUGACUGGUGAAUGUGAGCGCAAAUCAUAUGAGCGGGAAUCAUGUGAGUGACGAGUCUGACGACAAAUAUUAGUAAAAAGUUACUGUACUGUGGUAAAAUUAAACGUAUAUUCCUUUUUAAAACACGUUGUUGCAAAUUAGGGAAGUAGUUGCUAUUCCGAUAUUCAAAUAUUAACAUAUUGUGGUUGUGGUGUAUGAUUUUAGUGGUAAUGGUAGUGUAUAGGAUGAUAGGCUAAUUGCUAUUACCGAUAACGUGGGCUGCCAUGUUUAUUGUUUUGAUCAGUACUCAAUGCAUUGUGGGUGUCAAAGGGUCAACGAGAUAACCUACUCUUCUCACGAGAAAAUACUGAGGCGUACGGGGUCAAGUGGUACAUCAUCAAGGGUCAUAUUUGUUGCCGGAAGAUUAAAAAAAAUCAAAGAUGGCCUCUAGUAGCUCAAAACAAGACGAAAGACAAACUUUUGUCGGAUGUUUUAGAUGCAUAUUAGUGAACGUAUAUCUAUUAUUUCGAUCUGUAGUUGGUUGUACAAAAGUAACAUGUGUUGGAAGUGAUAGCCAAGUCAAGGAAAACGGAUAAUUUUAUGGUUUACCAGGUGACGUGAGUAAAGCGUGAGUUAUUUUUGGUUAGCUAUUAGCUAACAUUAGCUAAACUAAUUUGUUUGAACGUUUUCAUAUGGAUAAUAAAGGUAAACUUUCUCAAAAUAUACAGUGCAUCAAGACGUAUGUUUAUAAUAUACACGUAGUCUAAUUUUGAAGAG